GAAGUAACAAAUGUUUUUAAUCUUAAGUGAUAACAUGAUUUGUGAUGAAUUAGGGCUUUAAUAUUUUUUUUAAUUGUUAUUAUUCAAUAUUAUUUUAUAACUCCACUCGUUUUUGUUACGUAAUUUAAUACGAAUCAACUUAAUAUCAACAAUUUCUGAUCAACCUUGAACGGAUACAAUUAGUAGAUAUAACCAUUCGUGAAGUGAGAUGCAUAGUUAAACGUUCGAAGAUUGAUGAAUUAGUGACAUGUAUUUGUUGAUUUGUAGCUUAUAAGAAGAAGAAAAAAAUAUGGAGUCACCUAAAAUUGAAAAGUUGGAAGAGCUUAUUCUCAAAUACUUGGACGUAAACAAGAAGAUAAUAGAUACGAAAAUUAGUAGAUUAACGGCACCUGGCGAAAACUUUGGAAGUGAAAUGUUAAAAGUUGACCUUCGACUUAAAAACAAAGAAGGUAUAGAAGACGAUUUGAGUGUUGUAGCAAAACUUAUACCUGAAAAUGAAUUUGCGCGAGUAAUUUUUAAUGUACAAGUCUCUUUUAAUAUGGAAAAAGAAUUUUAUAAUACUGUUGUUCCGACACUACAACAGUUUCAACGUAACCAAGGAAUUGUCGAUGUUGUUGAUUUCUUCCCCAAUUUUUAUGGCGCUAGAAAUAAUCUUAAAGAGGGAUCGGAUGUUGUCGAUGAAAACGCCGUUAUCAUUUUGGAAAAUUUAAAAGUAAAAGGUUACGAAAAUGUGCAACGAAACACCGGAUUCGAUCUCCCGACAGCGAAAUUAAUUUUAAAACAUUUAGCGCAAUUCCAUGCUGUUCCGAUAGCGUUGAAACAAAAAAAUCCUGAAAUAUUCGAAAAGAGAGUGAAGGCUUUUAUGGCAUGUAUGCAUCCUCCCGCACAACGUCCACCAGUCGAACACAUAUUGCAAAUUAUAUUUAAUAUUUUACGAGAAUCCGAUUCAUGUAAACAUCUCGUACAAAAAAUGGAAAAGUCCGCGGAGAAAUUCGGCAAGGCUUGCGAUGAAUUUAGAGAACCUUUCGUUACAUUAAGUCAUAAGGAUUUGUGGGUUAAUAAUAUUAUGAUUAAAUACAAUAAUAGAUCGCAACCUGUAGCUUGCAAAUUUCUCGAUUUUCAAGUUUAUACUUACGAUUCCCCCGCGGCAGAUUUAUUUUUCUUCUUAUUCUCGAGCAUUCAAAUGGACGUUUUGAAAGAAAACUUGGAAAACUUAUUGAAAUACUAUCACCAACAUUUUCAAGAUACUCUGAAAUCUCUAAAUUGCGAUCUUAAUUUCUCUUACGGAAAAUUAUUAGAAGAAAUGUCUUUUAGUUCGAAAUGGGAACUUUCCCAUACCGCUUUUAUGUAUAUGGUAAUAAUAAAUGGUCCGAAAGGCGGUUUUCCAAUGCCCAAAGAUAAGGAAAGUGCCUCAGAUUUACCAAUCGUCAUUGAACAAACUACCAAAGAUAGAAUAAGGUGGAUAUGCGAGGAAUGUGAACGAAGAGGUUGCGAAAUUCUGGAAGUGGAAGUUAUUAUAAAAGAGGAAGUUAAGAAGGUAGAAAAAUUAAAUGUCGUCGUUAAACUUAUUCCCGAAAGUGAAUUCGCGAGAACGGUUAUUAUGAAUGCGGCCGUUUCCUUUAAAAUCGAAAAAGGAUUUUAUGAUAGCGUUAUACCGACACUGCAAGCUUUCCAAAGAAACGAAGGACUUGAAACGGUUAUCGAUUGUUUUCCACAAUUUUACUGCGCUAGAAAUAACUUGCGAAAUGAAUGCGAUAUUGUCGAUGCCGACGCUGUACUGAUAUUGGAAAAUUUAAAAUCGAAAAGUAACGCAUCUACACAUAUAAUAAACAAAAUGACGGUUGAAAUAGUACAACUAGAACAACUUUUAAACGCGCAUAUAGGCGAAGGUAAAAAAAUAUUGAAUUCGAAAGUGUCCCCACUAACAUUUCCGGGGGAAAAUUAUGGAAGUGAAAUGUUAAAAGUGGAUGUUUCUAUUGAAGCCGAAGACGGAACGUACGAACAAAUACAUCUCGUCGCUAAACUUAUCCCAAGAAAUCAUUUUGCUAAAAUAGUAUUCAACGUGCAAGUAUCCUUUAUGCUAGAAACGAAAUUUUAUGAAAUCAUCAUACCGACUCUGCAAAAGUUUCAAAGUAAACAAGGAUACGAAAACGUCAUUGAUUCGUUUCCGAAAUUUUAUUGCGCUAGAAACAAUUUACGAAUAGAUUCUAAUAUUAUUGACGACGAUGCUGUAUUGGUAUUGGAAAAUUUGAAAGCGAAAGGUUAUGGUAACGUCGAUCGUCGUAUUGGUUUCGAUCUGUCCGCAUCUAAGUUGAUUUUAAAAAAAUUGGCCGAAUUUCACGCGGUACCGAUAGCGUUGAAAUUCGUCGAUCCCGAAACGUUCGAUAAGAAAAUAAAAGCCCACAUGGCAUUCAAUUAUCCUUUAAAACCGUUUUCGCCUUUGAAAGGAUCGAUGGAAAAUAUUUACGCGCUAAUGAGCGAAUCCGAAAAUUGUAGUCGUCUAAUACCCAAAAUGGAAAUGUCGGUGAAAAAAUUUUCGAAAUUGUGCGACGAUAUUAGAGAACCGUUCGCGACAAUAGGUCACCGAGACUUGUGGGUUAAUAAUAUUAUGCUCAAGUUAAACGGGGAAGAUGUAGUAGAUUGCAAAUUUGUCGAUUUUCAAAUGUACAGUUACGAUUCGCCGGCUGCCGAUUUAUUUUUCUUUUUAUUCAGCAGCGUACAAGAAAAAGUACUCAGGAAUAAUCUCGAUGAAUUGCUCGAAUAUUACCAUCGACAUUUUGUGGAAACUUUGAAACUUCUUAAAUGCGAUCUUCAAUUUUCUUACGAGAAACUAUUGCAAGAAAUUACGUUUAGUACCGAAUGGGAAUUGGCGCACACCGUAUUUAUGUAUUUAUUCAUCAUUAAUGGUGGACAACACGCCAUGCCCGAAGGUGCGGAUUUCGAGAUUAAUUUGUCAAAAAUUCAAUUCGAAAAACAUCUAAAACAAAGAAUUAUCUGGAUGAUUGAAGAAUGCGAAAGAAGAAAGUGGUUGGAUUUUUGAUCGAUUUCAAAUUAUUAUAACUGUGUGUCAAUUUCUUGCUUAUUUUCGUAAAUCAAAAGAUAAUAUUAAAUAAAAACAAACAAACGAAA